UCUCGCUGUCGCUGGACGAGCGCUGCACGCCCCCGGCGCUGCUGAUCCGGGGCCCAUCCCGGAUCCUCGGCCCCGAUCCCGGAUCCCGGCCCCACCCCCGGGCCCUGGCCGUGGCGCGGGAGGGAUUUUCCCGCGGGAAGCACUACUGGGAAGUGGAGCUGGGAGACGGCAGCGCCUGGGAGCUGGGCGUGCUCCGCGAGGAGAUCCGGGAUUCCCUGCGGGAUUCCCUGCGGGAUCCCAUCCCGAAUUCCAUCCCGGAUUCCCUGCAGGAUCCCAUCCCAGAUUCCCUGCAGGAUUCCACCCUGGCUCCCAUCCUGAAUUCCAUCUCAAAUUCCAUUCUGGAUUCCAUCCCAAAUUCCAUCCCGGACCCCAUCCCGGAUCCCCUGCGGGAUGAUUCCCUGCGGGAUGAUUCCCUCCCCUCCAUCCCGGAGGAGGCGGCCCCAGGGCUGCAGUAUUCCCAGGGAGAAUUCCGGCUGCCGGGGGGGAAGCUGGAGCGGAAUUCCGGGCGCUGCCGCGUGCUCGGGGUGCUGCUGGACCAGGAGCGGCGCGUGCUCGAGUUCUUCGACGCCGAGGAGAAGCAGCUCCUGGGAUCCCUUCCCUUGAAAAUUUCCGGGAAUCUUUUCCCGUUCUUCAGGCCAGGAUCUGGUGGGAAUGGUCUGGGGAUCCGCCCCGUGAGGGUUUGA